UGUGAGAGUUCUCAAGUCUGUGCCUCGCCUGAAAUUGAUUGAGUUGAGCUUCAAACAUCAUCUUCUAUCAGCACCGCUCUAACCUUCAAACCGUUCAAGUGGUCGUCAUUCAAACUGGCUAAAUGGCCAGCCUUCAUAAACAGCAAAAUGGCCGCCCUUCAUGAAUGGCAUCAGCAGAGCUUUGUAUACACCGACGACUUCAUUGGCCUAAUUCUUUAGAACGUAACGAUGCCAGUAGCCCAACGAAGGGCCCCAAGCGACACCAACGGUCGGAAAUCGGACCAAUUCUUUAGAUCGGUGCCACUAACCCAACGAAGGGCCCCAAGCAACACCGAUGACCGGCAAUCAGACUAAUUCUUUAGAUCGAUGCCACUAACCCAACGAAGGGCUCCAAGCGACACCGAUAACCAGCAACCAGACCAAUUCUUUAGAUCAGUGCCACUAACCCAACGAAGGGCCACCAUCCCACACCACUUCAGUCUUCAUAUCGGCAAAGUGGCUGAUCUCCACACUGACGAAAUGGUCGGCCUUCAAACUGAAAAAAUAGCCAGUCUUCAAACCGACGAAAUGGCUGAUCUUCACACCGACAAAAUAGCCGGUUUUCGCACCAACGAAAUAGCUGGUCUUCGCACCGACAAAGUGGGCGGUCUUCGCACUGACAAAAUAGCCGGUCUUCAAACCGACGAAAUGGCCGGUCUUCACACCGACAAAAUAGCCGGUCUUCAAACUGAUAAAGUGGUCGGUCUUCUCACCGACAAAAUAGCCGGUUUUCACACCGACGGUCGUCAAUCGGCUAAGCUCUUUCCUUUUCAACAAAAGGCGCCACCUUCAAGUCGCUUGAAACAGUAGAAUGCCAGACUCUCAAUUGCUAUGGCGAGUAGAGAACUAAUGCAUCAAAAGUUUUAAGCAGCCACAAUUUGAUUGUCCCUGCACACAAAAAAAGGGCAAGCAAAAGAAAGAAAAGAAAGUGAGGGCACGAAAAAAAAGCACUAUUAAUAAAAAGGUAGAGGUUUUUUAAAAAAAAACAUCUAAAAGGAGGCCUCAUUAUCAUAACCAGCCUAAAGCCUUUCAAAGAAUUCAGGCCCAAUAGAAAGCCUCAUGGCCUAAAGUUUUUUAAGAGGAGCUAUGGACUCCAUUCAGCAACUCUCCCCGUCAUCUUCUUCAGUGAAGCUGCUGCAGUUACUCCUACUCGCAGGUAAUCAGCGCCAAGCUCGACCAGGUUUCCUUCUCGGAUGACCAGCGAUCUCCGCCGACGAUAACAUCUCCUCUCUCCGGCAAACGGCGCCAGCGACAAAAUCAGCUUCGUCAUCUCCUCCUUCGCACAUCAGAACUGGAUAAAUCAGCGGACAAAGAUCGCAUGGCAUGGUUUUACCGUCUUCUUCGCACCAAGAGAGCAACGCCAGCAAUUGAUUCCCAGGUGAAAUUAGCAGCAACGUCCAACACCAGCGAAGCACCAAUUGGUUUAUCAUCUCCCCGUCAAACAGUUGGUCUCAUCUGCUGGCAGUCAUCUUUUGUACCAAGGCUGAAGUAACAGAAUCAGCAACCGAUUCAGCUCCUUCUGGGCAAACAAGUAGCGACGGCACCAACAAAAAAAAAAAUCAGCUCGUCACCAACUAGCUUCUAAUCCGAACAAUCCGGCAAGAGGCGGCAGCGUCUUUUCCAACACCGACUAGCUUCCAACACCAACUAGCUUCCAACCCGAACAGUCCGGCAAGAGGCGGCAGCAUCUCUUCCAACACCGACUAGCUUCCAACACCAACUAGCUUCCAAUCCAAGCAGUCCGGCAAGUGGCAUCACACUCAGCAAACGAAUUGAACUAAACCAAGCUUUCCUCCGAAACCUUCCUGCGUUCAAAAAAAAUAUAGAGGUAAUAUUCAGUCAAAAGUAUGAAAAGUUUACCCUGAUGAUGUUAAAAGCUUGUUGCUGGCUGAUGUAUAAUUCGAAUCUAGAUGAUUCGUAUUUAUAAUAGUGUCAAGAAUAUCUGCUUGAAUCAGUUGAACUAGGACAAUAUCUGCUACCACGGCACUACCCUAACAUCCAAAGGAUUCUAAGUGGUUUAUAAUGCAAUAUUUUUCACAAAGAAGAAUUUUGAUAUUUUGAAAUACUUGGACUGCGAAAUAAAAAAUUGCGAAUGGCCCAAAUGAAUGGAGCAGAUAUUACCGCGAUGGAUCUGGGUUAACAAACUUCACGGGCUAGGGGAUUAAGUUUGUCAAGCACACAGAUAAAUAUUAUGUCGGUCAGGGUCGAGACUUACUUUUCUUCCGUUUAAAACGACCAAGCAAAUCUCG